AUGACGGAUUCGUCGCUGCAGGAUCGCUUGCGCGACCAUGCAAAGGCCUUUGACGGUCUGCUGUCGCUGAUCCCGGCCAAGAUGUACUAUGGGGAGGAUACCUCUCCUUGGCCUCCUGCAUCACAACAACCCCGCUCACACCCCCAGGACCAGUGGAACCGCAAAAAGCAGACCAAGGCCGAGGCAAAGGCCGCCCGCAUGGGCAAGCUCGACCCCGACAGCGACCGCAACCGCAACGCAAAGGACGUCAUGGAGGAGCGCGCCAAGAACAAGCGCAAGCUGCAGGAGAUGGAGGACGCCGAGCAGGCGGCGCUGCCCCAGCCGGAGACGCCCGGCCAGGGCCUCAGGAGACGGGACCUCAUCGCGAAUAAGAAGCUCAAGAUCGACCGCGACUUUGAGCAGGAUACCCUCGUCGGCGUCAGCGAUGCCAACCCCGCCGACAUGACGCAGGAUCAGCUCAUGAAGCUCGCGAAGCGCGACGGCCAGAAGGCGGACCGCAAGGCCAAGCAGGCGCGGCAGGCGGAGAAGAAGGCGAAGAAGCUGGCGGCCAAGGAGGCUGCUGCUGCUGCUGCUGCUGCUGCUGCUGCUAGCCAGAAGGCGACGGAGGAGCUGGUCGAGGCCAGCGAGCCAGUCAAGACCGAGCCAGUCAAGGCCGAGACGAAGAAGGGCACCGCGGCGAAAAAGGCAAAGGAGCAAAAGCCCACAAGCAAGAUAGCCGCCAAACCGCCGUCAGACGACGGCUACGAGACGGUCGACUCGGAGGCAGAGACGGGCAAGCCCAGCUUCGACAUGGCCGGCCUCGAGGAGAAGCCUGCAUCCACAGCAUCCAGUCAACGCUCCCCCUCGCACUCGCCCGUGUUCGACGACGCCGCGGCACCAGCCUCGGGCAGCGCCGGCCACGUCGGUCGACGUGCCCCCUCCGACAAGCCCAAGCAGCUCAAGAUCCCACAGGACACAUCGGCGCUCAAGGCGCCCACGGAGACGUGGCUGACGGCGCGCCGGCGCGCCGAGGGCGAGAAGAUCCGCGACGACGAGGCGACGCUCAAGAAGACGAUCAAGCGCAAGGACAAGCAGAAGCGCAAGAGCGAGAAGGAGUGGAAGGACCGCACAGAGGGCGUCGCCCACGCCAAGGCCGAGAAGCAGAAGAAGCGCGAGGCCAACCUCAAGAAGCGCAAGGACGACAAGAAGCUCGGCAAGGCCGGCCGCAAGGUCGUCAGCGCCGCCACCAAGAAGAAGGGCCGCCCCGGCUUCGAGGGCGGCUCCUUUGGCGGCAAGAAGAAGAAAUGA